AUGGAUUAUGAAAGGACAAAGGAUAACGAUAAGGGAAUGUUAGACUUGGUGGACAUUUGCAGACGGUCAAAUUUAAACUUAACAAGACUUAAUAACGGCCGGCUUUGUGGUGAUAUUCCUUAUGUGCAUAUUUCUAACGCUGAUCUUAUCAUUAAGGAUGCUAGGUCGUCUCUCAAUUUGAUCAUUGCAAUAUUUAACUCCAUUGGGAAAAAAAAGAUGACCAAAUUGUCUGCAAGAAAUUCAUCAGCCAUCUUACUUCGGAGUCUUGUCUUAACAAUUUUCAUUGCUGAAAAAGCUCUUUCUGUUGUUGCUGUAGACACUGGUAGAGUCAAAACAAGACCCUCACCUCUUUGUGGGCCCUUAAGGAGGGCUCUCAAGGGCCUUAAAGCAUGGAUAACUGGGCAGAGAAAAGAUCAGUCACCCGGUACUCGGUCUGAAAUACCUGUUGUUCAGGUUGAUCCUGUUUUCGAGGGAUUGGAUGGUGGAAUUGGCAGCCUUGUAAAGUGGAACCCUGUUGCAAAUGUCAAAGGGCAUGACAUAUGGAACUUCCUUAGGACCAUGAAUGUGCCUGUUAAUUCCUUGCAUUCACAAGGGUAUAUUUCCAUUGGCUGUGAGCCGUGCACAAGGGCGGUUUUACCCGGACAGCAUGAAAGGGAGGGGAGGUGGUGGUGGGAGGAUGCCAAGGCUAAAGAGUGUGGUCUUCACAAAGGAAAUUUGAAACAGGAUGAUGCUGCCCAGCUUAAUGGAGUUGCCAAUGCAAAUGACACUUCCACUGUUGUUGACAUUUUCAACACCCCAAAUGUGAUCAACUUGAGCAGGACUGGAAUUGAGAAUUUGGUGAAAAUGGAGAUCCGUAAAGAGCCGUGGCUUCUUGUGCUUUAUGCGCCAUGGUGCCCCUUCUGCCAGGCUAUGGAGGAGUCUUAUAUUGAUUUGGCAGAGAAAUUAUCAGGAUCAGGGGUGAAGGUUGGAAAAUUCAAUGCAGAUGGAGACCAGAAAGCAUUUGCAAAGCGUGAACUGCAGUUAGGAAGCUUCCCUACAAUAUUAUUUUUCCCCAAGUAUUCAUCUCGGCCAAUAAAGUAUACCUCGGAGAAAAGAGAUGUUGAUUCGUUGAUGGCAUUCGUCAAUGCCUUGCGAUGAGUGUUCAUCAAGAAAUUAUUAUUUGUCUUGGUUGUAAUUCAAUUUAGUUGUAUAGGUUCAAAGUUCCUUCCUGAAAUAAGAUUAUCAUUCAUUCUAAGAUUCAGGUAAUUCGUUGGAGUUGGAAUGGCAAGCUUUGACUCUAGUUUAGCAGAAUAAGAUCCCCUCAGUUUUGAAAGUGUGAUGUAUUUGAAUAGUUUUAGUUCUCAGUCAAAGUAAGGUUGUAGCAAUAUAAUAGUCUUUUGUAGUGGGAGUUGUUGAUUACUGGCUUGUUUUAGGUAAAGUGAUUUAUAGGUAUGCGUUGUACUCUCUAAACUAAUAAAGUUUAUUGAAAUUUUGGACGGCACUUUAUUGCUCUUAAA